UCAUGGCGUCCCCGUCACGGAGACUGCAGACUAAACCAGUCAUUACUUGUUUGAAGAGCGUCCUCUUGAUCUACACUUUCAUCUUCUGGAUCACUGGUGUUAUCCUUCUUGCCGUUGGCAUUUGGGGCAAGGUGAGCCUGGAGAAUUAUUUUUCCCUCUUAAAUGAGAAGGCCACCAAUGUUCCCUUCGUGCUCAUUGGCACUGGCACUGUCAUAAUUCUUUUGGGCACCUUUGGCUGUUUUGCUACCUGCCGAGCUUCUGCAUGGAUGCUAAAACUGUAUGCAAUGUUUCUGACUCUCAUUUUUUUGGUUGAACUGGUUGCUGCCAUCGUAGGAUUUGUUUUUAGACACGAGAUUAAGAACAGCUUUAAGAAUAAUUAUGAAAAGGCUCUGAAGCAAUAUAACACUACAGGAGACUAUAGAAGUGAUGCAGUAGACAAGAUCCAAAAUACAUUGCAUUGUUGUGGUGUCACCAAAUACACAGAUUGGGAAGAUACUAAUUAUUACUCAGAGCAAGGAUAUCCCAAGAGCUGCUGUAAAACUGAAUGUUCUCCGAACAAAGAUGCAAGUAAAGUAAACCAUGAAGGUUGCUUUAUAAAGGUAAUGACCAUUAUAGAAUCAGAAAUGGGAGUCGUUGCAGGAAUUUCCUUUGGAGUUGCUUGCUUCCAGCUGAUUGGAAUCUUUCUCGCCUACUGCCUUUCUCGUGCCAUAACAAAUAACCAGUAUGAGAUAGUGUAACCAACGACUGGCUUACUCUCCAUCUUCAAGGUGAGUUAAUUUUGGUCCUC